CAACCAUGCUCGCUAGCUGUCAUUAGAGAGCGAGGAUGGAGGCGGCCAUGGAGCAGCCUGGUGAGAGCUCACUGCAGGGCAGACUGCCUGCUGACCCUGAUACUAACUUAUAAUAUGGAUAUUAAUCUCAUUACACUACCUGCUAAUUAAUAUAAACUUAUAAUAUGGAUAUUAAUCUCAUUACACUACCUGCUAAUUAAUAUAAACUUAUAAUAUGGAUAUUAAUCUCAUUACACUACCUGCUUAUUAAUAUAAACUUAUAAUAUGGAUAUUAAUCUCAUUACACUACCUGCUUAUUAAUAUAAACUUAUAAUAUGGAUAUUAAUCUCAUUACACUACCUGCUAAUUAAUAUAAACUUAUAAUAUGGAUAUUAAUCUCAUUACACUACCUGCUUAUUAAUAUAAACUUAUAAUAUGGAUAUUAAUCUCAUUACACUACCUGCUUAUUAAUAUAAACUUAUAAUAUGGAUAUUAAUCUCAUUACACUACCUGCUAAUUAAUAUAAACUUAUAAUAUGGAUAUUAAUCUCAUUACACUACCUGCUUAUUAAUAUAAACUUAUAAUAUGGUUAUUAAUCUCAUUACACUACCUGCUAACUAAUAUAAACUUAUAGUAUGGAUAUUAAUCUCAUUACACUACCUGCUAAUUAAUAUAAACUUAUAAUAUGGAUAUUAAUCUCAUUACACUACCUGCUUAUUAAUAUAAACUUAUAAUAUGGUUAUUAAUCUCAUUACACUACCUGCUAACUAAUAUAAACUUAUAGUAUGGAUAUUAAUCUCAUUACACUACCUGCUAAUUAAUAUAAACUUAUAAUAUGGGUAUUAUCUUAUAAUAUGGAUAUUAAUCUCAUUACACUACCUGCUAAUUAAUAUAAAUUUAUAAUAUGGUUAUUAAUCUCAUUACACUACCUGCUGAUUAAUAUAAAUUUAUAGUAUGGUUAUUAAUCUCAUUACACUACCUGCUAAUUAAUAUAAACUUAUAGUAUGGGUAUUAAUCUCAUUACACUACCUGCUUAUUAAUAUAAACUUAUAAUAUGGGUAUUAAUCUCAUUACACUACCUGCUGAUUAAUAUAAACUUAUAAUAUGGUUAUUAAUCUCAUUACACUACCUGCUAAUUAAUAUAAACUUAUAAUAUGGUUAUUAAUCUCAUUACACUACCUGCUUAUUAAUAUAAACUUAUAAUAUGGUUAUUAAUCUCAUUACACCACCUGCUAAUUAAUAUAAACUUAUAAUAUGGUUAUUAAUCUCAUUACACUACCUGCUAAUUAAUAUAAACUUAUAAUAUGGUUAUUAAUCUCAUUACACUACCUGCUUAUUAAUAUAAAUUUAUAAUAUGGUUAUUAAUCUCAUUACACCACCUGCUAAUUAAUAUAAACUUAUAAUAUGGUUAUUAAUCUCAUUACACUACCUGCUAAUUAAUAUAAACUUAUAAUAUGGUUAUUAAUCUCAUUACACUACCUGCUGGUUAAUAUAAACUUAUAAUAUGGGUAUUAAUCUCAUUACACUACCUGCUAAUUAAUAUAAAUUUAUAAUAUGGUUAUUAAUCUCAUUACACUACCUGCUGAUUAAUAUAAACUUAUAAUAUGGUUAUUAAUCUCAUUACACUACCUGCUGAUUAAUAUAAACUUAUAAUAUGGUUAUUAAUCUCAUUACACUACCUGCUAAUUAAUAUAAACUUAUAAUAUGGGUAUUAUCUUAUAAUAUGGAUAUUAAUCUCAUUACACUACCUGCUGAUUAAUAUAAAUUUAUAGUAUGGUUAUUAAUCUCAUUACACUACCUGCUAAUUAAUAUAAACUUAUAGUAUGGGUAUUAAUCUCAUUACACUACCUGCUUAUUAAUAUAAAUUUAUAAUAUGGGUAUUAAUCUCAUUACAUUACCUGCUGAUUAAUAUAAACUAUAAUAUGGUUAUUAACCUUACACUACCUGCUAAUUAAUAUAAACUUAUAAUAUGGUUAUUAAUCUCAUUACACUACCUGCUUAUUAAUAUAAACUUAUAAUAUGGUUAUUAAUCUCAUUACACCACCUGCUAAUUAAUAUAAACUUAUAAUAUGGUUAUUAAUCUCAUUACACUACCUGCUAAUUAAUAUAAACUUAUAAUAUGGUUAUUAAUCUCAUUACACUACCUGCUUAUUAAUAUAAAUUUAUAAUAUGGUUAUUAAUCUCAUUACACCACCUGCUAAUUAAUAUAAACUUAUAAUAUGGUUAUUAAUCUCAUUACACUACCUGCUAAUUAAUAUAAACUUAUAAUAUGGUUAUUAAUCUCAUUACACUACCUGCUGGUUAAUAUAAACUUAUAAUAUGGGUAUAUUAAUCUCAUUACACUACCUGCUAAUUAAUAUAAAUUUAUAAUAUGGUUAUUAAUCUCAUUACACUACCUGCUGAUUAAUAUAAACUUAUAAUAUGGUUAUUAAUCUCAUUACACUACCUGCUGAUUAAUAUAAACUUAUAAUAUGGAAAUUAAUCUAAUUACACUACCUGCUAAUUAAUAUAAACUUAUAAUAUGGUUAUUAAUCUCAUUACACUACCUGCUAAUUAAUAUAAACUUAUAAUAUGGUUAUUAAUCUCAUUACACUACCUGCUAAUUAAUAUAAAUUUAUAAUAUGGGUAUUAUCUUAUAAUAUGGAUAUUAAUCUCAUUACACUACCUGCUGAUUAAUAUAAACUUAUAGUAUGGUUAUUAAUCUCAUUACACUACCUGCUAAUUAAUAUAAACUUAUAGUAUGGGUAUUAAUCUCAUUACACUACCUGCUUAUUAAUAUAAACUUAUAAUAUGGGUAUUAAUCUCAUUACACUACCUGCUAAUUAAUAUAAACUUAUAAUAUGGAUAUUAAUCUCAUUACACUACCUGCUAAUUAAUAUAAAUUUAUAAUAUGGGUAUUUAUUUUAUUACACUACCUGCUGAUUAAUAUAAACUUAUAAUAUGGUUAUUAAUCUCAUUACACUACCUGCUAAUUAAUAUAAAUUUAUACUAUGGUUAUUAAUCUCAUUACACUACCUGCUAAUUAAUAUAAAUUUAUAAUAUGGUUAUUAAUCUCAUUACACUACCUGCUAAUUAAUAUAAACUUAUAAUAUGGUUAUUUAUUUUAUUACACUAUGUGCUAAUUAAUAUAAACUUAUAAUAUGGUUAUUUAUCUCAUUACACUACCUGCUAAUUAAUAUAAACUUAUAGUAUGGUUAUUUAUGGCAUUACACUAUACGAUGAUUAAUAUACACGUGUAAUAUGUUUAUUUAUGUUAUUACACUAUGUGCUAAUUAAUAUAAGCUUAUAAUAUAGUUAUUUAUGUUAUUACACUGUCUGUUGUGUUCAUGCUUAUCGCCUGGUGCUACAAUGAAGCAGGGCUCAGCAGUGUACCCCAUAAUGUAGGGAGGGGUAGAAAUGAUUCAAGAAUAUUGGUUGUGGUGUUAGGCAAAGAGCCAUGAAGAUGCUUUGAUCAGUAACUCCUAUAUCCUUUAUAUUGUGAGAGUUGUCCAAGUACUAAUAAUUCAAUAGGGAUUGGAGCCAAGCAUUCCAAAAAUGGGGCAUAACCCCUAAAUAGUGAACUAAGUAAAAUAAAAAAGGAGGGGUGUGGAAAAUGAGUAUAUGGUUCAAGAUAUCAAACUCAGAAAGACUUCUAUGAUCUAAAUAUUUUCUAAACACAUCCCAAGAGUAAAUAAAACUUAGUUUUUAUCUAUACUAAUAAAAGUUAAGUAAAUAUAUACAAGCAAAAAACAAAAAAAUAUAUACAUACAGAACCAACAACAUAAUGUAAAAAAAUCUCCUCAAUGUUGCUGCAAUGUGAUAUACACUGCCUGUAUAAUGGAAUAAUAAGCAAAGCAGCAAUGAAAAGAAACAGAGCAGUGAUAAGGUUAAGGAAAGUUUCACUUUAUUAAUUAGCAAGAGUAGCAACAGGGUAUUAUACCCAGUACAGACUGGAACUCACAGUCUGGCCUAACACUCUGACAGCUGCAAACCAACGAUCUAGGCAAACUAAACUAAUUUGGUACUAUACCUAUAUGAGGGAAGGGGGAAAAUACCUAUACUGGCUGAUUGGAGGGCACCCCCAGUCUCCAGUCCUCCACUCCUGAAAUAAAGUAGGCAGUAGUCUUAAAAGACCCCCCCACCCCCCUUCAUUUGUGUUGCAGUGUUUUAACCCUAUGACAUUCCAUCCUCACUCUCCCCACUCCUACAUUUCUAUUCCAGAUCAAUCCUUUAAAUGGUCAUUUUUGAGCUUAAAUAGGCAGGUGAGGAGAAAUAGGUACCAGGAACUUUGGCCAGUGUCCUCUUUGGCUCAUUCAGCAUCCUAUGCUUGAUAGCAGAGCUGCAGGAACAGUUAUAGAGGCUGUAUAAUUCAGUGCUGUCCCAGAUCCUUCAAUGUCAGUUUGUGACUUGACAUGGAAGGGAUCACUAUCCAUCUGCCCUCUAGUAACCUCUCACAAAUGAAAUGCAUUGCAGGAGAAGCAGGGGAAGCGCUCUGUAAUCACUCCUACAGCUCUCAUAUCAUUAGUCAUAGUAAGGUGAAUACUCUUCAAAUAAUCCUUCAAACUCUAGCAUUUACAGACUAGACCUUAAAUUCACUUUAUUUAAUUUAUCUGCUUUAUUUUGGGGUUGGGGAGCAGGGGGUGCCUUAGAAUUUUGUGCCUACAGGCACCUGACUAUAAAGAUAAUUUUCUCCAAGGAAGCGACAUUGGCCUCCUUCUAGUGACAGGUUAUUAUAGCGAGAAUGGAGAUUGAUAAUGUCUUGCAUACUAAUGUCUCAUACUAUCUCAAGGUAACAUGGGCAAAAAAACACGCAUCUAGUAAUCGUAGGAAUUUUUUUAUUAUAUAUAUAUACUUAAAACAUUCUUCUUUCUCGACUUUACUAUCGUAAUUUACUACCGAUCUGCCUUCCAAAUACCAGAGAGAGCUCUUGUAUGGGCAGAAAAGCCCAGUGUUAAUUUUGCGUAGGCACGUUUAAUGAUAAACUCACGUUGUGCCUAUUCAGACUUUUCUCUGGUGUCCCCAGAAGCAAGACACCAGGGCACAAAUAGUGGAAUUGCACUUUUGGAGUUGGUCUGCAUUUUCCAUUGCUUCAGUCUAGACAUAGUACAGCAAAGGUUUGGAAUAAACUUUGAACUGAAUGAUGUCAGUCUACAUACAGACAGCUCUAUUUCCUUUCAGCUUGGCUUUAUAUAGGCAGACUUAAAAGGCUGCAGGCAAGAGGAAUAAUGUGCAGAGGAUGCAAAGACAGCUUUCUGAGACAGCCAGCAAGCAAGUUCACCACUGGACACUGCAGGAGGAAGCUGGCAACUCCCUCUAGUUUCAGGAUGAUGAGUAAUAGUCUAAACCCACUAGGAGCCUUGGCUGAAGGCCAACCUGGAUGCUAAUACACAACCAGAUCCUGUGUAUCCAAUUGCAGGGGCAUGCCUCUAGCUUCAGUGAAGUCCAAUAUUACAAUAUUUUUUACAUGGGAGGACUUUACUGGCUUUGCUGGCACAAGUGGACCAUCUGGUUUGAUAGGACACAUUGUAUUGUCUGCUCUCUCUAGUGGAAAGACCUAGGUCAUGGAUCAGCAACGUAUUGCAUGGCACUGGAGGUGUCUUUACACAUCACAUAAGGCUUCCAGAGCCAAACAGGCUCUGGCCUAUCAGGAGUCCCACUGGGACUUCAGAUAUCUGCUAGUGCAAACCAAGUGCUAAUUGCAGGUGGUGAGGGACAAUCCUCAAUUUACACAUUGCUGCAUUUGGUGGAAAUGAUUUCAGUUCACUUUUUAUCCUGCACUUGUAAACGGGAUCUACACUGAAGUAGAGCAGCCCACAGCAGUUAUCAUAGCUCCUGACCUUGACCUGGCCAACACGGUCCUCACUGGAGCACAAGGAAGAUACCCACGCCUCUAAAUAUACACUGAGCAGCAGAAUAAGCCUUCUCCAUGUGUAAUUAAUACAAACAGCCUACACACAAACAACCACAGUCCCUACAAAUACAACACCACUGAGAAUCCACGCACACAACUGAACAAGCAGCCUCAAGCAUUACCACACAUGCACACACACACACCACCACCACCAAACACACUAUGUAAUGUAUCAUCACAAUUCCACAAACUACUCAUGACAAUAUACAAUAUAACAGCUUGCAUACAAACAUAUACAACACUACACAGCAACUGUAGCACCCAUAAAUAACACAAGCAGAAUACAGCAACAUACACACCUAAGGUUAACAAAUUAGGACUGGUGUGCCAAGAUCUUGUUUUGGCACAGUUCUACUAAAAGGUUGCCUACCCCUUACCUGGGUUUAUGAAGGUUUAGCCUAUAGGACUGCCUGUAUGUUUAACAAUAUUGAUGCAUUGUUGUUUUUCUGAAAAUUGCCUACACUUAUCAUCAAAUUCUAAAGGAACAUUAACACCGUAGAGCUGAUAUUUCAGAUAUUCUGUUCCUACCUUGACAUUUACUCAGUAAAUACAAUUUGUGUAUUACCUUCUAAAAUGAUUAGCAGAUUAUCAUGGCUAAGUAUGCUCAAAGUGUAUUGUGUUCCACGUAUAUGCUACCCAUUCAGAUUUAAUAUAUAAUUUUACAUCUGGUAUUUUUCGUACAGCUCCUGAAGUCUUCCAGAUUUCAUUUGUGUUCCCAAAUGGAGACGCUUAUGGUAAGAUGUGCGGUCAAUGGACCCUUUCCUAUUCUAUCUUGAAUGCAAAACUUAAAGGACAACUGUCAUUACAUUUUUCACUUUUAAUUUUUUUUUUAUUGCUAUGACACAUCUCAAGUUUACGUAAUGUAUAAAAAAGAAGAAAAACAUAAAAAACAUUGUAAUAUAAUAACAUAGUGCAGAACCCUGUUAUAUAAAGACAUGAUCGGCAAUUUGGAAGUCGGUAAGGACUUGUCAGUGUCGUAGGAGGAAGAGGGUUCCUCAGCAUUGGUAACAGUUUGUCGGAAUUCAUAGUCUCAGUAGAAACACCUCCUAUAUUAUGAGGUAGGUAUUGUGGGGGAUAACAAAGAAAGAAACUGCGAGGACCAACCGUUCUCUAUUGUUAUUGCAAGCCCAGAGCGGAGUUAUCUGCCUUCGUAAGUUUUUGGAUUUGGGUGACUCGGUGCGUUCUGGAGUUGUGGAGUUUGGUAAGAGGAGUUAGUGCACUGAGAACCCCUGCACGUAGUGGGGUAGGAUGUACAUACCAUUACUGAUACGGUAUUCAGAGGAUGUCUUGCCCUUGAAUUAGGUUUUGAGGAAGAGAGAGAGAGAAAAAAGUGUUGAGGAAGAAAGUGAGAGGCUGGAAGAGGGGGGGGGGAGAUGAGGUCAAGGAAUGGGAGGGAUUUAUUCGGGAGGUCAGGAGCGAGAUCUUUCAGUGUCUGCCUGUCUGAUAUAGGAUACAGAGCUUUCCCGUGAUUUCUUAGUGAUGAGGGCAUAUAAUGUGGGGAUUUGACCUUUUUAGAUUGAAGGAGUCAAAAGGAGUUAAGGGGGUUGUGCUUGCUAGUUUGUAAGUGAAUGUGUUGAGGAAGCUCCGGAUCUGGACUUAGCGAAAAAAAUUGAAAGUUGUGAGUGGGUUGGGACGUGGAAAUACCCCAAAUAUCAUAUGCUCCAAGUCCACCCAUUUUUGAAGCCAUAUGAGGCAUGAAGGUUCUGAGUCUUGGCCAGUUGGGCGGUGUCGAAAUACUGGAUAAAGUGUGGUAGUCCGAAACCUCCUGCUUUGUUUGGAACAUAGAGAGUUUGGCAUUUGAUCCUAGUUCUUUUAUUGGCCCAAAUGAAUUUGUCAGUGUUUGUUUGUAGCAUUUUAAAGUCAGGUAUUGCAAAGGGAAUUGGCAGAGCUUGGAAGAAGUAUAGAAACCGCAGUAGUAAGUUCAUCUUUAAUGAGGCUGAACAGCCUAGCCAGGAUAUUGGUCUUUAAAUUUUGUAUUGCUUUCUCAAUCAGAGUAGUGUAGUUCAAAUCAUAAGUUCAGGAGAGGUCUACAGGCAGUGCCUAAGCUUAAUUGUAGUGGCUUGGAAAUUAAGUGGAUAUUGUUUUUGAAGGGUGUCUAUGGUCGCUGGGUCAAAUUGAAUAGGUAGGACUUCUGUCUUAUCUAUAUUUAAUUUAUAGCCUAAGACUACAGCAUAGUCUUGUAGUGCGGUUAGGAGUAGUGGUACAGAGUUUGAAGGGCUGGUCACAGUCAAGAGCAGAUAAUUGGCAUAGGCGGUUUUAAAUUAUUUUCCACGGAUGUUUAAGCGGUUCGAGAGAGUGAAUAAAGUUGUUUAGUGAUUUUAAAAAAUUUUUUUUAUUGAUGUAUAUUGAUUUUUUUUUAAAUCACUUUUUAUCUGGCUUAACAGCCAUGUUGGGUAAGACUCUAUUGUUAUGUGACAAACUCUGCUCAACCUAACUUGCUUGUUGCUGUGAUUACUGUGUGUGAAACUGCAGGUGCAGGCAAGUUAGUUUGAGCAACAAUUGCUCAGAAAACAGUAGAGUCUGACCCAACAGGAUUGCAAACAUAGCUGUUCACCCACAUACAAGUGAAAUCUUCUAAAAAUAAAUAAAAAAAAAAAUAGAUUUUUUUUUACAAAAGUUUAAUUAAAUGUAAUAAACAUUUAAAAAUGAGCAAUGAAAAUUUGAUGAGAGUUGUCUACAUAACCUAACAAUUCUAAAAUAACUCAGCAUGUAUCUAAAACGUCUGUUAUUUAUUUAUUUUUUUAUGGUACAUAUGUUUUAAAUGCUUUUUUUGUUGUUGUAAAGUAGCCUACCAUGACACAACCUACCAUGUGUCUUUCUGAUACCUAGCUCUUUUUCAUUUUAUGUACAUAACAUCCUUCUAAAUGAAUGCCCAUUAUGGGUAUUUCUUAAUUGCUUUCCCUCUUUUUUGGGGGAUGAAAGAUGAGAGAUAUCUUUACAUGGGGCACUACAGGCACCAUAACAACUAUAGCCAUCAGCAAACUGUAGUGUGUUAUGCUGCCAAGAGUGCUUUGGUGGUCUCCCAGAGCAUGCCGCCACCAAGGCUCUGCACAGCUGUGCUUAGUUCAGUGUCUUGAGCUUCUGGUGGCAGGGGAGAUGGUGGGGGGUGCCCAAUUUUUAAAUCUACUUUAAGUUUAAUUAAAUAACAAACACUUUUAUGGCUCACAUUAAAGAUGGCGAAUGUACAUGGUCACCUUCUGGAUCACUGAAGAGAAAUGGAAGAGGAGUCCAUCGAAGUACUGCUGGUGUAACUUACUUUGGAUCCUGGAAGAAUGACAGGGUAACAGUUUUUUAAUUAUGAUACAAAUUAAGGGCUAAAGAGGAAGAGCAAUUUAUAAUAAAACUCAUCAGUACUGUGGCAUGCCUCACAACAGUCCAGAUUUAGGCUGGCCAGUCCAGAUUUUUGGGUCCUGUCUCCUCGUCCCAAUUUAGCUCCCCAGGGAACUGUCUCCAAAAAUCAUCGCGUAAACACAUCAUUAGAAGCACUAAAGCUAUGUUCAGAGCACUAGGACUAUGUAGGGAGCACUAGAACAGUGCUCCCUGCAAGGUCUGCCCUGAAUGGACUGGCCUUGCAAUACUGGCAAGCAGCAUGGGGUGUAUUCACACCGCAUUGACCUGCCACUAAUGUGUACAGACCUUCUGGGUAGAGGCAGUAAUGCAAUUGCAUCACUGGCGUCCUCAUUUACCUCCAUCCCACCAGUAUCCAUAUUUGUGGACUGCCAAAGUUGUAAGGUAUGCUGUGGUGGCUAGUGAGGUUUUGAAGUUUACCCUUAGAAUUCAGCUCUGCCCCAUGUGUUUGUAAAUUACACCUACUGACAAUGGCGUACACACGAUCCAUGGGGCCCCGGUGCGAAAACUGAUCCGUGUGCCCCCCCUGGCGGUUACACAGCUGCGAACCCUGUAUGUACACCACUGUACACACACACAUACAUACAAAUCCAUAGCCAUCGGGUGGCCCUAACAGCAUAGGACACCCGAUGGUCCCCUUAACGUGCGGCCCCGGCAGUAAUACCGCGUGGGCCAGGGCCGCAACACAUGGUGGCGGGCAGGGGGCGGCCAGGCUCCCUAGAGUGGCAGGCCCGGUCGCAGCUGCGACUGCAGUAUGUACGCCACAGCCUCCUGAUCUGGACCUGCCCACUUAAUUCUCUGUAAUCAACCCCUAACCCAAUGAUACAACAACAUAAACCUAUAAAAGACAAAAUGUGAGGGGAAAAAACUCUAAAAUGUAUAAUAUAUGUAUAAAAAGGUCUUGUGGUUUUUGUUGAUUUUUUUUGUCAAUCAUUUGUAUUGAGAUAGAUGCACAGUACAUAUCAUAAGCAGUGUCAUAUAAGUGAUAACUUUUACAGAAAAUAAUAUGUUAAUGCAUUACAAUGCCCUAUUACCCUUGGGUCUCAGUGGGGGAGAGGGGUAAUAACUAUCAAGGUUAGUAUGAGCCAAUAGCUGAAACUGUAUUUGCCAGCAAUAAAUAAAAUGUAAAGCACAUUGUGAAUACGUUAGGUAAAUUUAGAUGUGAGAAAUAUAAAUUGGCAACUGCAGGAACAAUGGUGGUGUCGGACCAUGGUGUGGACUAGUCUGGGAGCACCUCAGCCAUUUUCCAAGCAACGUUCCAUGACGAAAAUGGUACGGCAUUAUCAAUGUCCCAUUGAGGUCCUGUUGUAGAGGCUUUUGGAGGAGGCAAUUGGUCGUUCAGGCCUAAUGUUAAAAGAAAGGUUGGGGCCCCAGAAAUAGAGUCCUUCCCAUCUUGAGUUGCUACCAGGACCAGUGAAAGGGCCCCAUCUGUAUUUGAUACCUGUGGUUUGCAAGCGUUGGGUGAUAGGUCGAAGGGAAACAAGCAAGGUGAGUGUUGCCCUGCUGAAGUCAACAUAGAAAGGAAGGCUGGAAUCCUUAAACACCAGAGUUACAUAGUUACAUAGGCUGAAAAGAGACACAUGUCCAUCAAGUUCAGCCUUCCUCACAUUUGUUUUUUGCUGUUGAUCCAAAAGAAGGCAAAAAAACCCAGUUUGAAGCACUUCCAAUUUUGCAACAACUAUGAAAAAAAAAAAUCGCUCUUGAAGAAUGGCAGUCAGAUUUAUCCUUGGACCAAGAAGCUAUUACCCUACAGUUGAAAAAUUAUAUAAAUGAAUAUUCUGUUUUUCCAAGCAUGCAUCUAGUUGCUGUUUAACCCCUUAAGGACUCAUGACAUGUGUGACAUGUCAUGAUUCUCUUUUAUUCCAGAAGUUUGGUCCUUAGGGGGUUAAGUACAGACUCUGAUAAAACCACUUCUUUAGGCAGAGAAUUCCACAUCCUUUUUGUUCUUACAGUAAAAAAAAACCUUUUCUUUGCUUUAGACAAAAUAUUCUUUCUUCCAGUCUAAAGGCAUGCCCUUGUGUCCUAUGUAAAGUCAUUAUUAUUAUUAAUAUUAAUAAUAAUAAUAAUAAUAAUAAUGACUUUACAUAGGACACAAGGGCAUGCCUUUAGACUGGGAAAAAAAUAUUUUGUCUAAAGCAAAGGAAAGUCCUGUUUGUGAAUAGAUUUCCACACAAUGGUUUGUAUUGGCCACGGAUAUAUUUGUAUAAUGUUAUCAUAUCCCCACCGAGGUGACGUCUUUCUAAAUUAAAGAGGUUUAAAUUUGUUAACCUUUCUUCAUAGCUAAAAUGUUCCCUUUCUUUUUUUCAUUUUGAAGCCCGACUCUGCACUUUUUCUUUUGCCAUAAUAUCUUUCUUUAGAACGGGUGCUCAAAAUUGCCCAGCAUAUUCAAUAUGUGGUCUAACCAGUGAUUUAUAAAGGGGCAAAAUGAUAUUCUCAUCCCGAGAACAAAUGCCCUUUUUCAUGCAUGACAAUACUUUACUGGUCUUAGGCACUGCUAAUUGACAUUGCACAUCGUUGCAUAGUUUGUUGUCUAUAACAGUUCCCAAGUCCUGCUUGCCAUGGACUGCUGCCAUUAGCAUCUGUUUAUCAGUGAGACAUUGGGUGUUGAAGGGAUAUCCGUGGACCUAGCAGUGUCCCACCCAAAACACUCCUACCAGGUUUAUAACUGUAACCUGUUUUGGAGGAAACAGUGUGGAGAGAAGACAUAUUGAGGCAGCUCAACAGCUCCAACUGAAUUUGCAGCCCAAAACAAAAUUAUAAAUGCAACACUUUUGUUUUUGCCCCCAUUUUUCAUGAGCUGAACUCAAAGAUCUAAAACUUUUUCUAUGUACACAAAAGGCCUAUUUCUCUCAAAUAUUGUUCACAAAUCUGUGUUAGUGAGCUGAGAUAAUCCAUAGCUGCUGCAACAAAUGGUAUGCAUAACCAAAGAAUUUCUGCACAAACUGUCAGAAACCAUCUCAGGGAAGCUCAACUGCAUGCUCGUCGUCCUCAUCGGGGUCUCGACCUGACUGCAGUUCGUCGUCAAUGAGUGGGCAAACGCUCACAUUCUAUGGUGUCUGACACUUUGGAUAGGUGUUUUCUUCACGGAUUAAUCCUGGUUUUCACUGUGCAGGGCAGAUGGCAGACCGCAUGUAUGGCGUCGUGUGGGUGAGCGGUUUGCUGAUGUCAACGUUGUGGAUCGUGUGGCCCAUGGUGGCGGUGAGGUUAUAGUAGGCGUAUGUUAUGGACAACGAACACAGGUGCAUUUUAUUGAUGGCUUAUUGAAUGCACAGAGAUACCGUAAUGAGAUCCUGAGGCCCAUUGUUGUGCCAUUCAUCCACGACCAUCACCCUGUGUUGCAGCAUGAUAAUGACUUGCCCCAUGUUGCAAGGAUCUGUACACAAUUCCUAGAAGCUGAAAACAUUCCAGUUGUUGCAUAGCCAGAAUACUCACCGGACAUGUCACCCAAUGAGCAUGUUCGGGAUGCUCUGGAUCGGUGUAUACGACAGUGUGUUUCAGGUCCUGCAAUUUCAUAGAGCCAUUGAAGAGGAGUGGACCAGCAUUCCACAGGCCACAAUCAACAACCUGAUCAACUCUAUGCAAAGCAGAUGUAUUGCACUGUGUGAGGCAAAUCGUGGUCACACCAGAUACUGACUGGCUUUCGGAUCCCCCAAUACAGUAAAACUGCACAUUUUAGAGUGGCCUUUUAUUGUGGCCAGCCCAAGGCACACCUGUGCAAUAAUCAUGCUGUCUAAUCAGCAUCUUGAUAUGCCACACCUGUGAGGUGGAUGGAUGGCAAAGUGCUCACUAACACAGAUUUAGACAGAUUUGUGAACAAUAUGUGAGAGGAAUAGGCCUUCAGCUCAUGAAAAAUGGGGACAAAAAAAAAGUGUUGUGUUUAUAAUUUUGUUCAGUGUACAUACAUAUUUUUUUAUGAGAGUUAAUCAGCCUCGUGGAUGGACUUCUUACUUUGCUCUGCUAUUUGGAGUGAGUUUCUGACUCAUGCGCGUGACUGUGUGUGUCUGAAAGUGCACGUGACUCUCUGUCUUUGUGUGACUGAGUGCAUGCGACUGAAUAUGACAGUGUAUAUGUGACUUUGUAACUGAGAGUGUGACUGCAUGUAUGUGACUUUGUGCGUGGGUUUUUAUGUGGGUAUUUAUGGCUGUAUUCAUUGGGACCUAUCCCAGAUAACCACAUACAUUAAAUAAACUCAUAAAAGAUAUUUAACCAUUAUUACUGCAGUAGCACAAAACUAUCCUUCAGGUUUGGAAGCAGCCGGGUACACCACAUUUGCAUUUAUUGUUAGCUGCAAUCCCUUUUCUAUUUAAAAUGGAUUGGUUCAAAAACCUCUCCAGAAAUGAAAUUUUUAUAUCCCUACCCUGAAUUCUUCUUUCCAAUUAAAGGUCAAGGUCAUCUUGGAGUACACACAUGAUUCCCACUUUUCAUAAACUACCUAGGGUGUUAGACAGAUGAGGGAUCUUGUGACACAUUGUGAAUCUCUUUUUUAUGUAAAACUGUAGUUUUACGUUUGUGACUUGUUUACCUUUGCCAUUGACCUAGUUACAAAUGUGUACCAAACUUGUCACGCUAUCCGCACUAACUUCCUCUGACAUACCUGUAUUAGUUCAGGGGCCUGGUUUCCUUGUGGGGGUGGUGGAACAGGAGAAGAGGGCAGCCAGUGUAGUGGUUUGUUAAUUAUUUUAAUUUCAUUUUAUGGAUUUUUUCGUAUUUGUUAAAUUUGAAUUAGAAUGUUGCUUAUAAAAUUCUGUUGUGUUUGUAAUAAUAUCUGGAAUUCUUAAUAAAAAUUUAUUUUCAAAAAGAGGCAACUACAACACAAUUUUCAAGCCUUAUUUUAAUAAUCUUACCAAAUUCAAUACUGUAAGAAUUUUUUUUCAAAUGAUUUAUCUACAGAUGUCACCUUGAAACGCUAUCCAGAAGUGCGUGUGUAUAAGUAUCACAAAUUUGUACACACAAUAUUUUCCCAGAAUGAUAGUGUAUGUGUAGCUUAUACUAACAACUUUACAAAAUGUAGUAUAAAACUUGACUUUAUUGUUUCCCCAAUAACAUAGGUAUAAAGGUGUAGGUAAGUAUUAGAUAAGUUCAACAAAAAUACUUAUCGUAUACAUGACUUUGCAUCAAACAAAAAUUUACAGCACAGCACAAGGAAUUGCGUUCUAAUAUAAUGUGGCAUGCAACAUAUGUCUCAUUUAGUGUGAACCAAUAAAAUAAUAUUUUUUUAUCUUUUUAUAGAUGAAUGGUACUGGAAAAUUAGAACAACCUUCAGGAGCAAUCUAUGAAGGGGAAUUUGUGGAUAAUAUGUUUCAUGGUAAAGGUACUUAUACAUUUCCUGAUGGAUCUAGAUACGUUGGAAGCUUCAACCAGAACAAGUAAGCCAAGCUCUUUCUGAGAUACAAGUAUUGUUUUAACGGUAAAGUUGUUACAUCAGAAUGUUAUAGGCAGAGGAUAUAGGCCCUUAGAAGCUGAAGGACAUAAUAGGUGUUUGUUUUUAAUAAACAGAAAUACAGCCUUUUAAACUAAUAAUAUUCAGACAAUCUUCUAUACAGAGGUGACAUGUAUGCCAAGUAAAAUAUGUGGUGUAUAAUUGCAAUUUAUCAUAAAUCUGAGCAGCUAUCUGGUUAGAUUUUAUUUCCUUGCCAAAUUUCAGUAAAACAUAAGCACUCACUUGAUCGAGUUGUGGGAUGACUGUAGUUCCAGACUCACAAUCCAGUAAAUAUGUAGUAACAAUCAAAUUGUUCGAAUCUCCAGCACACAUGGCAUAGCCUCCUUAAAGGACCACUAUAGUGCCAGGAAAACAUACUCGUUUUCCUGGCACUAUAGUGCCCUGAGGGUGCCCCCACCCUCAGGGACCCCCUCCCGCCCGGCUCUGGAAGGGGAAAAGGGGUAAAAACUUACCUUUUUCCAGCGCUGGGCGGAGAGCUCUCCUCCUCCUCUCCGCCUCCGUUACGCCCCGCCGGCUGAAUGCGCACGCGCGGCAAGAGCUGCGCGCGCAUUCAGCCGGUCUCAUAGGAAAGCAUUUACAAUGCUUUCCUAUGGACGCUGGCGUGCUCUCACUGUGAUUUUCACAGUGAGAAGCACGCAAGCGCCUCUAGUGGCUGUCAAUGAGACAGCUACUAGAGGAUUAGGGGGAAGGCUUAACCCAUUCAUAAUUAUAGCAGUUUCUCUGAAACUGCUAUAAUUAUGAAAAAAUGGGUUAACCCUAGCUGGACCAGGCACCCAGACCACUUCAUUAAGCUGAAGUGGUCUGGGUGCCUAGAGUGGUCCUUUAAACACAUAAGUGUAAUAAGUGUCAUGAAAAGUGUUUAAAUAGGCACUAUAGUAACCAAAACAACUUUGGCUUAAUGAAACAGCUUUGAUGUAUAGAUUAUAACUCUGAAGUUUCACUACUCAAUUCACUGCCAUUUAGGAGUUAAAUCACUUUUAUUUUUGUGCAGCCGUGGUCACUCCUCCCCUGACUGUGACUUACACAGCCUGCAUAAAAAUAAAAUGGUUUCAUUUUAAUUAGAUGCAACUUACUUGAAAAGUUAUCUCCUGCUCUGUAAAUUUAUCUCCUGCUCUGUAAGUUGCGCUUUAAUUACAUACAGAAGGUUCCGGCAGGGUUUACCAAGCUAUUAACAGAGCAGGAGACAGGACAUUCUAAAUUAAACAGAAUUUGCAAUAUAGGAAGCCUAAACAUUAGAUUACACUUUACAGGAAGUGUUUAGGAAGGCUGUUCAAGUCACAUGCAGGAAUGAGUGACUAGGGCUGCAUAAACAAAGUGAUUAAAUGCCUAAAUUGCAGAGAAUUGAGCAGUGAGACUGCAGGGGCAGGAUCUAUACACUAAAACAGGUUUAUUAAGCUAAAGUUGUUUUGUUGACUAUAGUGUCCCUUUAAACUUUCAAUGUUUUCAAGAUCACAAUGUACUAUGUUUGAAGGGUUAUCUUGAAUGAUAAUUCAAUAAUUAUUGAGAGCAGUCCUGCAGGCAACAAAGCUGUGCUGACCUAGUUUAGGUAUGUAUAGGUUCAUCAGUCACCGAUAAUAUCCUGCAGACUCACCAAGCGUGAUUGUCAUAUUCACCAGAACCCAUGAAGGCUUACAAUGUAAUUAUGGCCUUGGGAGUGACCUCUCUAAAAAGUUCACUGCAAAAUAAGUAAGAAAGUUUGCCUUUAUAAACCAUGGAAUGAAACAACGCCCAGGGAUUUAUGUUGAUCUUCAUUAAGAUCAAAUGUAAGUGAUUGUAUGACAUCCACAUCCAAUAAAAAGUAAAGAUUAAGCCCAGGUACCUCGAGAAAAUACUUAAAAAUAAUUCUUCUGCUAUCAUACCUAAUGCAUAGAUCUUCAAAGUCAGUGCUUACCCACAAUGCACAAUUUCAUGAUACCUUCUUUCAUAUUGGAUUAUUGACAUUUGUGAACCACUUUAUUGGAUCGAGGGGCAUACAAAUAGUAUUCUUGUUUAUGCAUUUUUGGUGCAAAAUACCUGAAGAUCCCUAUAAAUAACCAACAACACCAUGUGUUUAUAUAGACAUAAUUGGCACAUUCAUCAUGACAAAUGUGAUCGAUAUAAAUAUGUUUGUGGCCAAAAAUACACAAUUUUAAAACACAUGCUUCUCUAUACAUGUAAAGAAAACAAUCUGCUAUUUCCAGAAUUUUUCCUUCAGUUUGUCUAUUUAGAUUAAUUGCAGCAUACUUGCUUGUAACUUGUCUUUAUUUAUAUUUAUUGUCUUUUCUUUCUUACACCUGUUGACAGUAUAGAUCGUCAUGCAUUGAAAGUACGAGCAUGGUUAAAUCUCUGCUGAUACCAAGGUUCCCCAGGUAUCAAUGCAUACCUUAGGGUCACCGAUGUCAGCUGGGGCCACAAAUAGUGGCUCUGGAGUGUCAAAUGAGCUGUAAAAGUGAGCAUGGCACAUAGCCCUUUAGUCCCAUUUAAAUACCGGAGCUGGGCGAUUGCGCUCUACCACAGUGAUUGUGAGUCUGCCCCAAGUAUGAGGGAGACCCCAAGGAUCUGAAAACACUCUGGUUAGGUCUCCCUGCAUGUCCUCUGCCCAGUGCUGGGCUUUGCCAACUGCCUGCCACUGAUCACAGUUUCAGGAGCUGCAGAAGGGCAAUCUCCUUCUCAUGUUGCAACCACACAGUACAUAGUGCUAAGUACUAACAUCAGCAGAGGGAAUUCAUCAGAGGUAGGAAUAGGUGGUGGGAUUUAGGGUUUGUAUUGUGGGUUAGUGGUUUAAUUAGGGGCAAGAUUAUCAGGGUUAUUUACUAAGGUGAGAGUUCACAAUGAAUUUCAAAUUUAAGAACAGAGUAGCUGCAUUUAAAGCAUAAAUACAAAAAAACAAGUCCUGCGCUUAAACUCCCACUACUAUUGGGCGGCAGCAACGACCAUAGUACACAUCAGCCCAAAUACAUACUGUAAAAACCAAAGGAAAAAGUUGCCUGCGCUCUUCCCAAAUCAUCAUGCACAUUCAAACAUAUGGAGGCCACCUAGUUUCUCUAAUGGCCAUGAGAGAGUUUAGCCCACUCGCCACAUCAAGGCAAACCUCUCAGGUGGGUCCUACACUAAUCUUUCACCUUGCUUCCUUGAGAUUCUGGCAAAUAUAUUUCUAAUGAGAACAAAUCCCUCUCUCUGUCUCAUUAGAGAUAUCUUUACCAGAAGCUCAAGGAAGCAAGAUGAAAGGUUAGUGUAGGACCCACCUGAGAGGUUUGCCUUGAGGUGGCGGUGGGCUAAACUCUCUCAUGGCCAUUAGAGAAACUAGGUGGCCUCCAUAUGUUUGAAUGUGCAUGAUGUGCUGAUGUGCUGAUAAUCAUGGGAGUUGUAGUUCAGCAACAUCUGGAGGGCCGGAGUUUGGGGAAGCCUGCUUUAAUGGGACACUCCAAUACCCAGAAACAAAAAAACUAAUUGAAAAGAACACUGUUUAUUAGAUAUACCCGCAAUGAAAACAUUCAUGAAUUGGAUUAUGCAUUUGUUCAUUGGGCAUAUCUAAAAACAGCUCGCAAAAGCUGCCGAAAUUCUGGGCCAUGUUAAAAGGCGAGGGCUUGCAAAGGCUGUUCCAUUAAUAUGAUGAGCGAGUCAACUCUGGACAAACCUUAAAAUUAUUUCUAAUUUUAUUUUAGUUAUGUUGCGGGUAUAUACAAAUCCAUACAUGAACUGUGAAAAAUAUCUGUAAAAAGCCUUACAGUAUGGCAAGUUUAGUUCCUGAACUGAAUAAUUAUAAAUGGGACCAUGCUAAAAAUACCACUAAUUGCACUGCUAAUUAAAAGACAUUUGCAGUAGUAUUUUAGUCUAUUUGAGUGUAUGUUAAUCUGUCAGAUGUAAUCCAGUUUAAAAGAACAAUCAACUCGGAAGCAAGAAAGGCCAUCUAGGACAGCAAAUUAGAGCAUUUCAUGCAUGAAGUAUGUGUCAAAGAGAAUCAGGUUUCACCGCGUCUCUUUACUUUCUCAGGAUGGAGGGAGAAGGUAAAUACGUGGACUCACAGAAGCUCGAGUGGAAAGGAAUAUUUUAUAACACAGCUGCACCAGGACUGAAGCUAAAGUUGGAGAUGUAGUUUUUAUCCUAAAACCUUCUACAAUGUAUUGUAUUUUGUGCCAUAUUGCAGUUCAUAUUAUCUAAUAUGUACAGAAGAAGUGUGUGUGUGUGUGUGUGUGUGUGUAUAUGUACUGAAAGCCCUUCUCUAUUUUCAUAAGGUUUUGCAACCACCUUGGUAUUUGUUGUAAUAUGCUGAAUGUGCCAGUAGGGGACAAUCUACAUAGAUAUUGUACUAGGUGAGGACACUAGAAGGAGUAUAUAAUGGAAAAUAAAAUACUGUAUGAUGUGCACUGUCAGAUACUAGCAAGUGCAAUAACAAUCUCAUUCUCACAGCAGCUCACUGUAGUAUAAACCUAAUGUAUGUAUAUACAGCAUGGUAUUUAAGCAAUUAUGUUGUUCAAUGAUAUCUGGUUUUUUUUUGUUUGUUCUUUUUAAAAGGUGGGCUAUAGUCAAAACUAGGCUACUUUAGCCUCAAUUUUUUAAUAUUCAAAAAAUUGCCUUGAGACGUCAAAUGCACUGAGGCAAUGCAUCUCUAUAAGGAAAUGCUGAUUGGUGCAGCACAGAAAUUGAUGUACGCGCGCUGCAGCUGCCAACGCUUACCUACGAGGAAGCCUUGGACUGGUUGAGAUCAUCAGUAAUGAUGAUCUCAGCCAAGGAGGAGUGGUGGCUGUGGUAAGACAGGGGCACCGGUGGACUAAGGGUAAGUUAAUCUAUGUUUACAUGCUAACCGUGCAUCUAAAUAGGCCAUAUUUUACUCUACCAUUAGGAAUACAUGUUUGUAUCCCUAACAUUACAAGGUUCCUUUCAAGCGGCGCUGCUACCCCUUAUCAUAAAGAUAUAAUUGUUAUGAAAUACUCAUAUUAACUGUGUUGGAAUGUAACAGAAAUUAAACUCAGUCAAAAGAUAUACUGAGACAAAGUUGGUACUACUAUGUCUCAGUAUUUUUCCUCCGCUUGGCACUUUUUGAUACUGGGCGGAGCUACCGUCUUGAAGAAGUGUCAAUCCCCCAUCCAUCCUGGCAGUUGAACUAACCUUUCCCUGCCCCCUCCAGCCCUGGCCACUGUUCCCCAAGCGGCGAUGUCACUGUCAGGGGUCUUCGCAAAUUAUGCAAAGUCCUCAGAAGGUGACAGUUCUGCUUAAAGUGGAAAUGGCAAAUUACCAGCUUGGUGGAUGAAAAAUAAAUAAAUAUUGGAACGCUUAACUGCUUAGUCACAAACAAUAUGUACAUCUUUUAAAUAUAAUUGUGUGUUUUUUUUAGGUUAUUUUAUUUAAACUUGGUAACUUAAAAGUGACAAAUAAUAACAUGUUUGAUUUAUUAAAACAAGUUUUAUUGGAUAGUUGUUGCACCAGGUUUUACUAAUUUUCACUAAUAAAAGGGGCUUGUUUGAUUGAUGUAUACUAAUGAUUUUGAUACACUUAUGUAUACUGUUACUGCACUGAUUCUAAGUCAUGUUUUCACUAUAAUCUGGUUCCCUCCUGCCUAUAUACACAAUAAAUAUAGCAGUG